AAUCUGUGUGGUUCCUCCCGUUAUCGAAUCCACCUGAAUCCGCCCCGGAACUUGUUAUGAACUUGAUAAUUUAGCGAAGAACAAUGUCAAUUAAUCUGACGAAAAACAAAGAUGCCUUGGUGGCGGCUUGGCACAGCGUGGUCGACGAUAAAUUGUCUACUAACUGGGCUGUGUUUGGCUACGAAGGACAGACCAAUGACUUAAAAGUAGUUGGAACAGGAGAUGGUGGAUUAGAAGAGAUGAUUGAUCGAUUGAGUAGUAGUCACAUCAUGUACGCAUUUUGCAGAGUUAUCGACACUAAAACAAGUCUACCAAAGUGUUUGCUCAUUAAUUGGCAAGGGGAAGGUGCUCCAAUCGUUAGGAAAGGAACAUGCGCCAAUCACAUUAGAGAUAUAGAAAAAUUGUUGAAAGGAGCACAUAUAACAAUUACAGCACGUUCCGAAGAUGAUGUAGAGGUAGAUGCAAUUAUGGAAAAGCUUGCGCGAGCAACAGCCUCGGCGUAUAAAUUUAAUGAACCUCGUAGUGAAAACGAAGGACAUACAGGUCCUGUUGGAACAACAUAUCGCAGAGUGAUCCCCGCACAAGAAAUAAAUGCAAUGGAAAGGGAUCAGUUUUGGGAAAAGGAAGAAAUGGAAGAGAAAAAAAGAUUGGAGCAAGAGCGAGUACGUUCUGAACAAGAGCGACAGAAAUUAGAACAAGAAAUGAGAGCUCGAGAAGAAAAGGAAACGCAAUUGAGGGAGCAACAAGUAACUGCUAAGGAAAAUUCAAUCGCUCGUCAAAAGCUGGCCGAGCAGCGUGCCGAAGAGGCGAACAAUUUACGCAAUCAAAAAGCUGCUCAAAAUUACAACAAUGAUGUUGAAGAUGAUCAUAAAUCGCGAAGUGAAGAAUUACGAAGACAAAGGAGCAAAGAAACGCAACAAUUGAUCGCUCAAAGAACAAUAAAUGCUCGAGCGAUAUUUGAACAGAAUUCGGCGGCUGGCCAGAUGAAGACGGCUUCGGCACAACAAUUUUUACCUAAGAACAAUCAUGUGGAGUCUAUGAGAAAAGCGUUGGAAGAGGCUCAGAUAAAAGACCAGCCUGAUGUAAAGUCUCGCGAGGAGACACCAGCCGAAGCGAAAAAAUCUACAAGUGCAGAAACAGUGACGAUUUCUUCGUCCACAGUGCCUCAAUCUCAAAAUACCAAUCAAGAAUUGAAAACUACCACCAAUCCGCAACCGGAACAAACGGCAGAGUCUAAGGAGCAAGUCACCGAAAAUGAAUUAUACAAUCAAUUAGAUGGCUCGUACUUAUAUUUCGAUCCGAAUAACGAGGGAAUGAAAGCUAGAGCUUUAUAUGACUAUCAAGCCGCUGACGACACAGAAAUCACAUUUGAUCCUGGAGAUAUAAUCACACAUAUAGAUGCAAUUGACGAAGGCUGGUGGCAAGGACUUGGACCUGAUGGAACAUACGGACUUUUCCCCGCUAAUUACGUUGAAGUUAUCGAGUACAACACAACAUGAUAAGAUAUGAUUUUUAAAAAAUUUAUCAAGAUCGUUUUCAUUUUCUUCAUAAUUACAUGAAACCACUUGUAUGUAAGAUCAGUAUCAGCUUAUCCCUGAUAAAUGUUAUUAAGUUUCUAGAUGUAAGUAAAAUUGAACUACGUGAUGAAAUAAUUCUGAAUAAUUAGAAGAAAAUUUUGUAAUUGAAACGCGAGUAGCAUAUAACAAUUGAAACGCAUGUCUUCGUACCAUUUUCGCGCCUUCCAUGUCAUUGUUUUUUAAUUUUAAAGCAUUUACGCAAAGAGUGAGUUUACAGUUAGUGUAAAAAUUCAGUUAUAAAGAUUUAUCUCUUUGUAAAGAGAUAAUUGAAAUGUUAAUCAUAACCAGUAAAAUGUAUGUCUUCCCAGCAGGUCAUACAGGUUUUAUCCACAAUUAAUCUAUAUUAUAUAUAAACAUAUAUCUUUUUAUAACACCCUGUAUCAGAAGCUGAUAUAGCAAUAACUAAAAUGCAUCUUAUACGUAUGAACGCAACUGUGUUACUGCAAAACUGUAACAGCUACGUAUUUAAACAUUUAUAAUUUUU